CACAUUUACAUUGGUAUGACCAGACAUGAAAAAUAAAUUAGGAAUUUACUUAUUAAUUUUUGUUGUUACGGUAGAGAGUGCCCUCAGUGUUUUGGCAGGCAUAGGAUGUUAUAAAGAGAACAAAAGACGCCGAUAUUUCAGUAGGAACCCGGGGGAUUUUGACCCGGGUGCACUAACGCCUACUGUAUGUGCAGCAAAAUGUGGCAGUUUUAAAUUCUCAUAUGCAGCAAUAGCUGAAGGAAGAUUUUGUUUUUGCGGAGACGCUCUGCCAGACAAUUCACUGAUAGAUAACACCAAAUGUACAGAAAAAUGUUCAGGUGACGUAUUACAAGACUGCGGGAGUAAAGACUAUGUCAGCGUCUUCACUGCAGCGCCUCCUAUAUUAGGUCUUACAUUGACAUCGGAUGCAGGCAGCAAUGUUGUCCAAAUUGGCAAUGAAGUCACCUUCUCAGCAAGCAUAUCAUCAGGUGGAGCCAAUUUGGCCUUCAAGAUGGAUUAUGAUGAUGGCGCGGGUAAAACUGACCAAAAUGCUACCAACCUGUGGAAAAGAACCUAUAAUACGCCUGGUCAUUAUAAAGUGUCCGUUUACGGAAAUGACCAGAUGGAAUCAUUAAUGGAGAAGGAAGCGACAACAUCAGUUAUGAUAGAUUCUCCUGUAAAAACCUAUACACUGACCUGUCCACCCUACAUGGCAACUCACGAGGAAGAUUUCUGUACUGUCAGUGUAUUGGAAGGGUCUAACUUGGAACUUCAGUACUCUGUAGAUUCUGUGCUCAAAUCUACAUUCUCCAUAGCAGAUCCUCCUAUAUAUAUAACUGGUCCUGCCAUUCCAACAAAAGGAGGGACAACAAUAGUUCCAGGUGAAACAGGAACGGGAAUUAUUGUAAUGCCAGCCUCGGAAUUCAUGUAUAAGAGUGUAGUCAUCGGAUUUGAAUUGUACGCUGAGGCCAUUGGUAAUAUCGACAUUUUGAUAAUGUCACCAGCAUGUAAUACCCCGUCGUAUUGUUUUGACAAAAAUGAUUGUUCAAAUGGCUGUAGUGGUAUACAUGAAAGAUCCUGUAUAUCUAAAGAGUUUUGUCCGUCAAGUAUGUCCUGCUGGACAUCAGGUUCUAGUACAUGCGAUACAACACCUGUCCGAUACGACGGUACACAGAGAACAAAUCUAAACAUUGUAAGAACUGUAACACACAACAUCUUAUCAACUGGCUACAACUAUAUUUCGAUAGACGCCACAGCCGAUUACAUUCAAGUCGAGAAUGGCUAUAUCCUGGGAUAUAAGCCUACUAUAGGCAGACUGAAAGCAGUGUCUUCAAAUGCCAUUGAAACGGACAUUAAAUCUUUAGACGUCACAAACGCCGGAGGUGCCGGUCCACUUUCCUCACCACUGAAGAGACAUCUACUAAGAGCCAUAACCUCUGGUGGAAGCGAUGCAUACAUUCCAGUUAAAUUUACUACCUCAGGUGUCAAGGAUAUAAGUAUAACAGUGAGUAACAAACGAAUAUCUGGAUCAGAAAGUAACAACACACAGAUUAAUGUUAUGGAGGGAGUUGAUAUGGCUAUUACCAAUAUUCCACAAUACAUCGAGAAGGGACUAGCAACAAAAUUCCAGUUAUUACCACAUACAGGAACAAACGUUACGUACUGGUGGGAUUUCGGCGAUGGUAUCACAGCUAUAAAUACAACAGAUGUAACAUACGAUUACACGUACACCACAGUUGGUGAGAUGAAUGUGUCGAUAACAGCCUUUAAUCAAAUGAGUAGCAAGAGUAACAUGACCAUUGUUCAAGUACAAGAUAGAAUUAGAAAUCUUGCGCUGGUUAAUAGUAUAGCAGUUGUAGGGGAAACUACAUCUAUACCCACAUCAAUGACAACAGGUUCAAACUACACAUGUACAUGGAAAAGAGACGGAGUUGUCAUUGCAACAACUGACGAUAUAUCAAGUCCUCCAGGCGGAACCUUUGAUUAUACAUUUACUGAGGAAGGUACCUAUGAAAUAUCUGUUGUGUGCUCCAAUCAGAUAAAUUCUAUGUCCUCUGUUGCAACAUUUACAACACAGUUCAAAAUAACUAACCUUCAACUCGUAAAAACAGGAGCUCUAAAAGAUUCAACCUUUACCAUUGACUGGACAUGGACAGCCGGAUCAAACCCCCAGUUUACUUUAGAGUACGAUUCACAAGUGCGAACCUUUACUAAAGAUCCAUACUUUAAUAAAGCAUCAUCCGAAUCUUUAAGUGCAGGUAGUUCAAUAAUAAAGUACCCAUUAAAUUUAACAGCAUUUAACCUGGUUAGUAAUGAGCAGAUUGUAAUAGAUUUUGGAAUUGAAGAGGAACUUACUGGGCCAUCUAUCACUAUUGGUGGUGUUUCCAUAGACCCCGUCACAGGUUAUGGCACUAUUAGUAAGAAUGAUCAGGUGUCAUUUACCGUUGAUGCUACCGGUGGCACAAAUGUUGUUAUUGAAUGGAAAUACAACGACGGUACACCUGAUGAUUCGUUUACUAUACCUGUAUGGACUGCAACACCAGCACAAACUAAAAAUCACCAAUUUUCUUCCCUUGGAUGGUUUAACGUGGAAGUUAAAAUUUACAAUCUAUACAACUCACAUUCCCAAACUUUCAGACUAUUGGCAAUCGCGCCUAUUCAGAACCUUGCAAUGACUAUAUCUCCUGAUCCAGUAUUGUUUAUACCACCGGCGACAGUUACCUUUACAUUUAGUAAGAGUCCUACUGAUCCGGAUCCAAAUGAGGCAUCGGUGUCUUUUAACUAUGGAGAUGGGAAAAGUGAAACCGUUCCAUUUGACGUCAAUCAACAGUACACACAUGAAUUUAGAGAAACCAGUUCAUCUGGAACGUAUACAAUAACAACUAAUAUAUCCAACGUAAUCAGCCAUCUGAUACUGAAUGGAAAUGUAAAAGUAGUGGAGAAGAUAGAGGAUGUUGAGAUAGUAACGGACCCGGAAUAUGCAGCUGUUGGAGACCCUGUGAAUGUCAAGGUUAUAAUGAGGAGAGGUGGUACUGGAGCAGAUUUAACACUGGAUUGGGAUCUAGGCGAUGGCACUGCUGUUACAUCUGGCAAUAGGAUAGGAGUAAGUCCUUCCGGCUCAGACAGUAAAGUUGCAACGUAUCCAACGGAAGGAACACGUACAAUUAAAAUAACAGCAAACAGUGCAAUGCAAAAUAUUUUGACAACAAAAGACAUAAUAUGCCAAAGGAAAAUCACAAUAGACCCGGAUGUAACUUCAAAUCAUCCUCAAAACUUUAAUCUAGGUGGUAGAAUUGACUUCACGUUCCUAUACAGUGGAACCCCAGCACCAACAGCUGCGACUGUACUAGUCAAUUAUGGAGACGGCACAGAAGAGUAUCGAGACCCAACCUGGUUAACCACUAAGAGUGGAUCUACUCAAUUAUUUGACCAUACCUAUACCACUGAUGGAAAUUACGUUACUACUGUCACACUGUCUAACCUGGUAUCUACAAAAAUAUUCAAGAUAUCUAGUGGUGUUUACUUGAAAUUUGUGGGUCUAGCUGUUGUACCUAAGUUCAUAAAAUUUAUACCAAUCAACGGUCCGGAUGUAGACGGAUUUGGAUCAAAUAAAGACAUUUUCCAGUUGGAUAGACCAGUCCGUUUCCAUAUGUCCAAGACCGAAGGUACCUUUGUAUACUACAGUAUUAGUGCAUCGAAUGGAGCAGUUGUUAUAAUGUGCAACAAAACAACGGAAGAUGUGUUCGAAAUAAAGUUUAAUGAGACCGGCACAUACACAGUUGUUAUCACUGCGCAUAAUCCAAUUGAUUCUAAAUCGGGUACUACAACAAUCGAAGUAAUGAAAGCCGUCCUUGAUGUAAGCGUAGCAAACAACGGACAGACAACAUCUGAAAAUGAAGCUAAAGUCUUUGAUAUUUCUUUUGUUGAACCUGGAACAAGUACUUGCGUGCAUAUUGAUUAUGGAGACGGCAUUGCUGAAAUGUUUGGUGACUCUGCUACUUGUACUGGUAGCCCAUAUGCAGGGUCAGCAACAUAUAUAUCGACAUUUUCUGGUAGUAGUUUUCAGGCUACUCAUACAUACACCAGUAAGAACACAUACGACGUGAGAGUACACGCCUUCAAUGCGCAUUCAACAUCAGAUUAUUCUGUGUUUCAUGUUGUUUCUUCUAUUGACUGUUCACAACCACAAAUAGAUAUAAAAAAUAAAUAUAUCAACUUCUGGGAACCCGAGGAAAUUGAAAAAAGUUCCAGGAUACGUGUGAUUGGAGAAACCAAAAUUGACUGCGGGAGUCUUUUACAAAACGUUAAGCAGUGGUCAGUAGAAUCCGUAGAUGCUCAGUAUGGUACAACAAUGUCGUCUAUCGAUUUAGGUACUAUCGAUUCUAGAUUGAAGGCAGAGUUAGAUCUUCCAAGUCUUUUCCUUAACACAGGCCUAUAUAAAAUAGCAUAUACCAUGGAAAUGGAAGCAGAUUCUUUUGCAAAUAACGAAACGUUCAAGUCGACUGCCGUUACGUACUUAAAAGUAAAAUCAUCGAAACUGGUAGUAAAGAUAUUUUCUGGCGGAAUGACAAAAAUACAAAGAGGCAUCAACACAAUGGUUACAAUUGAUCCGUUCAGCAAUUCUUAUGAUCCCGACGUAUCAAAAGGUUCUACACAGACUUUUGCUAACUUUACUUGGUAUUGCCGAGAGGUUGGUGAAUCAUGGCCUGAUCCUAUGACUGUCUCCUCGCCAUAUACUACUGCAGACCUGCCCAGUGUGGCCAUUGAUAACGGAGGUUGCUUUAAACAAGGUCCUGGUCAGAUUGAUACAACCGGAGGAAGCUUAACAUUCGACACAGGCAACAUGAAGAUUAAUAAGACGUACGAGUUCAAAGUGGUGGCUUACAAAACUGAGCAUGAUCCCGCAGAGGCAUCGGCAUUUGUUACCAUAGUUGAUGGAAUACCUCCAGAAAUUGAAAUUAAAUGCUCGAAUGAGGAAUUGUGUGUACCGACAGUUGAUGGAUUAAGGAUUGCACCAUCGACACGUCUGGGGUUACUAGGGCAUUGUUCAACUGGAUGUGACUCAAAUACAAAGUACGAAUGGAAGAUAUAUACAAAGGACCAUCAGUGGAUAUGGAAAGAAGUGCUUGAAUUAUCAACCCUUUCAGAUGGCAUCAACUCUAUGAAUAUUGCAAUACGAAAGGAAUUAUUCAAUUUGAAUCCAGACGUCACCCAAUAUCAAGUAUCAAUAUCUGCUACCACUAGUGCAGGAGAUAGCGGAACAGCAUUUACCAACCUGAUACUCAACACACCACCUAGUGGCGGAACAUGUUCGAUAACUCCAAAAGUUGGCACUGUUUUACAGACUCAGAAGUUUGACAUAACUUGCACCGGAUGGACAGACGAUGAUGGUAUUGCAGAAUAUCAGAUGUAUUGUAAAUUUAAGGAGGAUCAAGUUUUAAAACAGAUAUAUUUUGGAAGUGAUAGUUUCUACCAUGGAGAUAUGCCAUUAGGACCUGAAUAUGACGACUAUAAAAUGUUAUGCUAUGUAAGAAUAAAGGACAAAACUGGAUCCUUGAUGACAUUUGAUCUUGGGGAAGUUCAGGUUAAUCCACUUCCACUUGGAAAUGUAACAGAACUCUUCAAAACAAUGGAGAACAACAUCGCUGAUUCCUUUGACAAAGUAGCAGCUGAAGGGAAUGUUAAUAGUAUAAACAGCUUAGCUCUAGCAUACAGCACCCUCAUAAGUAUGGCCAGUCAGAAUGAUUCACUAGAAUAUGACAACUUAGAUAUAGCAGCUCGGGAAACUUCUACAGGAAUGGGACCAGAUUACACUGACAGAUCUAGUGCUUUUACAACAACAACUAUGGAUCCUGAUACCGAAAAAAAGCUGAAAGAAGAAUAUGAAGCGAAAAGAAAUACAAGAGCAGAAUUCACGAGUCAAAUUUUGGGAGCCCUUGAAAACUGUACCAUAGCAACAACAAGUGCUAUUGCACUGACCGGAAGUACCAUGGCCGAAUUGACCCAGUUUUCCGAAAACUGUGCAAGAGAUUGUCAGGAAAAAGCUGCAAAUUUAGCAGUUAGUAUGACAAAUAAAUUAGAAGAACUAGCCAGUACAAGCAGUAAGGAAGAAACCAUUGAGGCAUGUGAGGGAGUUUUGGCAGCGUUGGCAAACGUAGAAGAGGCUGGUAAUGUACACAAAAAUAACCCGACAACAGGGGACAAAGAAAAAGUUAAGCCUUUCGCUCAUUAUGAUACAGAUUUGGAAUCUCCUAAAAAAGCUAUGCCAGUCGGUUUAACUGACUUAUCAGACGGUGAUGACAUGUUACUACUCUAUACGAGCCAGGAUGUUCAAGUAGGAACAUCAGCUAAAACCAAAUCUACAGAAAACAGGAUUUUGAACCUUAUUAGAAAUGUACUACAGGAUACAUUGGUACCUGGUGAACAACCAGUUGUAAUUGCUACUCCUAAAAUGACUGUACAGUUUGAAAAGAAUAGUGCUGAACAAUUAGCUAACAAAUCUAUAGACGUAGGCAAUGCUAAAGUAGACCUACCAACUUGGUGUGACAUGCAACCCGCUCCGUGUGAUAACAGCAAAACUGUGAUGAUGCAGACAAAAUUCACCACAUAUGCACCUUACCAGGAUACAGAAACAUCUUCUCAGAUUUCUCCUCGUAGUGGUUCAAUAAGUAUAGAUUUCUACGAUGACACAGGAACUACUAUAGGAGUAAAUCUGAGUCCAGAUGUUAAUCCUAUUGAACUGUAUAUUCCACUGGACCGUCUGAUGCCAAAACCAACCCCGGAGUAUGUGGCGCCGUACAUUCCGGAUAGAAACUGGGAGUUUUUCUAUUACCAUACAACAGAGAUAACGCUUGAUAGAGGUUCCCUUCAUAUUACGUUAAAUAUAGAAGACACUUCUGCACAGUUUUCAUUAGUUAUUCGACUUGGAGCUUUUCCGAAUAUAACGUCAAGAGAAUUUGAUUUCACCUGUCUAGUAGGACCAUCGACUGGUGCAGCUUCAGUGGCUGAUGGUUCAUUAACAAACGAAUGUUUUAUAAGUAGCGAUGAAAUAAAUGGUUAUAAAGGAAAAGUUUAUAUCGGAGUCCGUGAAGUGCGACCAUAUGAACUUGAAAGAUACCGUUCAAAUGAUCUAAUACCAACAUCGUUCCCUAAAGCAGACAAUUAUUUCACAACCAAUUACACAAUAACAACGUUCUCGGCAUCGUGUAACUACUACAGUGUAACAAACAAGAGGUGGCAAACCGAUGGAUGUAAUGUUGGACCGAAAACCGACACAUCGCUAACACACUGUUUAUGUACCCAUUUAACAACAUUUGCUGGUGGCUGGGUUGUAACACCAAAUACAAUAGACUGGAAUUUUGUCUUCAGUAAUGCAGACUUCCUGAAAAAUCCUACUCUGUACAUCACAAUGAUUGUUAUAUCUGUGUUGUAUUUGGUUGUUGUAAUUUGGGCAAGAAGACAGGAUAAAAAGGACAUUGAAAAGCUUGGACUUACACCUUUAAUUGACAAUGACAAGAAGGACAAAUACUUCUACGAAAUAGUAGUUGUCACAGGGAUGAGAAGAAAAGCGGGAACUGAUUCGGAGGUUCAGUUCAUUUUGAGCGGAGAAGACGAUGAAACCGACGUAAGAACAUUAUCAGAUUCUAAGAGGAAGGUCCUAAGACGAGGAACUGUCGAUGGGUUCCUGAUGUCUGCACCAAGGCCACUAGGUGCUCUGAACUACCUACACAUUUGGCAUGACAACUCUGGUAAAGGAACAAUGGCGUCCUGGUACCUUAGAAGUGUGGUGAUAAGAGAUGUACAGACUGACGAGAAAUUUAUUUUUAUUAGCAACAGAUGGUUUGCCGUAGAAGAAGAUGAUGGACAGAUCGAUAGAGUAAUACCUGUUGCUGGAAAGGAACAAAUGACAGAAUUCAGCCACUUGUUUACGGAGAAAACAACUAAAAGUUUAAGUGAUGGUCACCUCUGGUUCUCUGUGGUUGCUCGUCCUCCACAAAGCAGAUUCACCCGUGUGCAGCGUGUAUCUUGUUGUUUAUGUUUACUCUACCUGUCGAUGUUAACCAAUGCCAUGUUUUAUGAGAAAGAUGAAGGUGCAAAGACAUACACGUUUGGACCAUUUGCACUUUCACCAGAACAGAUAUAUAUUGGAGUUCUUAGCAAUCUAAUAGUCUUUCCCGUAACGUUAUUAAUCAUAACGUUGUUUAGAAAAUCACGUCCGAAAAACAAACGACCAUCUAGGAUACAAACUGCUCUAAACAACACUACUAAGCGAGCCACAUCCAUGACAGAUGUUAACCCAACACUUGAAAACACCAGAGAAGGAACAUUGACACCAUCAAUUCUACUGGAGCAGAAAAAUCGUCCAGAUACAUCAAUGUCACGUGGCUACACAUCAUUAUCGGUCGGCGACUUGGCAAAUAAACCAUCAGGAAAGAAAAGGAAGAAGAAGAUGGACUUACCUUGGUAUUUUGUAAUAUUUGGAUGGAUUCUUUUAUGGAGUGCCACAUUAGUAUCCGGGGCAUUUGUUAUUUUCUAUGGAAUCCAGUUCCAAGACACAAAGUGUCAGAAAUGGAUUACAUCGAUGUUGAUUUCAUUCAUCUCCUCAAUUUUUGUGACGCAGCCGAUAAAGGUGUUCCUGACUGCAAUUGUUUUGUCUCUACUUGUAAAAAAUCCAGGAGCCGACGAUGACGAGGAGGAAGACGAUGAAGAAAAACCACACAUAUCACCAGACGACCCACUUCUUCACGAGGACUCAAUAUUCUCCGCUACAAGACCUAAGAGAGCGGCCUAUGCACCGCCAGACCCGGUGUUGGUAGAAAAAGCUCGACAAGUGAGGUUAAAGGAAAUCAAAAUGUGGUCUGUUGUCAGGGAACUCGUGUUUUAUUCCUUUUUCUUGUGGAUUCUAAUGGUCAUCAGCUACAGGAACCGAUCGGAGCUGAUGUAUACAUACAAAAACAGCAUGGAACAAGUGUUCAUAGUUACAAAUGAUACAAAUCAUUGGUUUAUGAAGGCUAAGAACCAGGAUGACUUUUGGUCUUGGGCUAAAUCAGGAAUGGGAAAUGGACUUAGAGCACUGAAUUACUAUAAUGAUGAACAGCCCCUAUUCUUGCGUGGUUACAUCAAUGACAAACAAUCUAGGAUUAUGGGAUACGCAACCAUGAGACAACUGAGGGUAACAAGGGGAUCUUGCAAAGUUCCUGACCAAGUAGUAGGUAUAAUACACGAAUGUAACGACGAGUACAGUGUUCAUAACCAGGACGAAAGCAGCUACGAACCGGGAUGGAAGCCAUUAACGGGAAAUACUUCUAGAGAAGAAUAUCGAUAUACGACUGCUAAUGAACUUGAGGGAUAUCCGUACUGGGGUGAGGUAUCCAUGUAUAGCGGUGGUGGAUAUGUUGUCAGGUUACGUGGAAACGUCUCAACACUCAGAAAUAAAAUGAUAGAAUUACAAGAAGAAGGUUGGAUUGAUCGAUAUACAAGAGCAGUGUUCGUAGAGUUUACGGUAUAUAAUCCUGGUAUAAACUUGUUUGCAGUAUCAACUAUGCUUGCCGAGUUCCGACCAAGUCAGGGUAUAGUUCCAUCGUAUCGAUUUGAGCCAGUCAAUUUAUUUCCCUAUAUGAACUCUGCUAUGUUGUUUGUAUUGGCAUGUGAGUUUUCAUAUCUUUUAUUCACGGUGUAUUUCAUUUUUGCUGAAGCUCGUAACAUCUACAAGCAGAAGCUGUCUUAUUUUAAAGAGUUUUGGAAUUUGGUAGAGUUGGGAAUUUGUGCAAUGUCAGUUACCGCAGUUGUAAUAUAUUUCUAUCGUAUGUUUGAAACCAACAAGUUAACAGAACGAUUUAAAGUUAGUCAUGGAAAUGAGUAUAUGAAAUUUCAAUAUGUUGGGUAUUGGAGUGAGAUAUUUUCUUAUAUAGUUGGUUGGUUGGCUUUCUUUGCAACUUUGAAAUUCCUGAAAUUACUUCGGUUUAACAAGAAAAUCUGUCUUUUGGCAUCAACAAUUAAAGCAUCCGCAAGAGAUCUGCUUCACUUUAGUGUCAUCUUCAACAUUGUUUUCUUGGCUUUUAUUCAAUUAUUCUAUAUGAUUUAUGUGGCAAACAUCAAGUCCUUUAAAACUUUUGUAACAUCUUGCGAAUCAGGUGUCGUAAUGAUGAUGGGUAAAUUCGAUAUUUAUGCAAUGUCAAAUGCCCAACCUGUCUUAACACAAGUUUUCCUGUUCUUGUAUGUUGUUGUGAUCACGUUUAUUGUUGUCAACAUGUUCCUCUCCAUCUUGAAUGAGACCUUUUCUGCGGUUCGAAUGGACGCAAACAAACAGAAUAACGACUAUGAAAUAGUCCAGUUUAUGUUAGGCAGACUAAAACUAUGGACUGGAGUUGGAACUCCCGACAAAAACGUUCUUAAACCAAACAGCGUACAUGCUGCAGACACACGUGGUCCGACUGAAUUGUUCCCCGACCAGAUUGAUCGUCUGCUACACUCGAUAUCACACAUAUACAUGGAGAAAGAACGGCUUGAUGAGUUGUUUGAUAAGAAUGCCUAUGGUAAACGGAAAGGAGCCGAUUUACCCAUGUAUGAUCCACCAUCAGUGCGCAGUCUUAAGUAUGAAAAGAUGACUAUGGUUCAGACCUAAGAGAAACAAUAUAUAUUUGUGUUGUGAUCUUCGACAAUGCUCUCUUUUGAGCAAAUUUGAUUUUUGGGGUAAUAACAAAAUUUCAAAGUGUUAAAGAGGGAAAGGGGAGGCAUAUAACUUUUCAACACAAAAAUGAAAAUAACCAUCAAUGCAGUUAUUUUUCACAUAUACAAUGUUCUGUCUAUAAACGAUCAACGAAUGAAAAUCAUGCCAUGUUAUAAAAAACAUAGAUCUUCAUAAAACUUAUAGUUAAAUAAUUUGAUGAUAUUUAAUAUAUAAAUCUAUCUCUAUUCUCAUUGUAAAUGAAUAAUUUCAGACAAGUAAAGACGUUCUAGAGCUUCAGACAUCUUUUUGUUUAUAUUUCACUUUUGUUUUGAUGUUUUUUUUCUCUGUCCAAAUGAAACUUAAUCUUUAUUUCCAAAAUGUAAAAACAAAUUGUUACAAAAGAUGUAUUCUAUUGAGUAUUUGAAUUAGAUUAAGAUUUUUCUGUACAAUAUUUACAGUUGUCUUAUUGCUUUCUCAGUUCUUGUAAAGAGAGUAAUAAACCUACCGUACUUUUACCUAUACUUGUUAACAUUUAUAGAUUGUGACUUAGAUUGAGAGUUGUCUCAUUGGCACUCAAACAACAUCUUUUUAUUUUAAUCUGAAAUAUACCUAAAGAAUAAAAAUAAUCAAGUAAAGGCGUCUUUAUUACUGAGUUUUAAUUUUUUCUUCUUCUAAUUAUUGGUUUAUUUUGUAUUCUUAUUUCAAAUGAUAUCCGAUUACAAUAGAUAAAUAAGUCAUAUGUACAUGCACUGAUUUUAUUUAACAGCAGAAUGCAUCGAGUGAAUAGGUAAAGGUAUAUAUUUUUGCGAGCUUGCUUAUUAUUUGAACCAUGAAGUUGGUAUUAGGUUAGCUAACUACCUUCUUUUCGGAGUAGUCUAGUCCUACAGACCGAUAGAUUUGGUUAUAGGUCGGACUAGUCUACUCUUAAAGGAAGGUAGUUUACCAGACCUAAUUAUGACUUAUCGGUUCAGAUAUCACGCAAGUUUACCAAAGAUAUUACCUGUACUUACAUACUCUAAGCAUUCUGCUGUAAUGGUUUCAGGAACAAUAUUUAAAUGUAUGAAGUUAUUUUUCCAGUUUUAAUGAAUCAAAUACUGUAUUUUUUGUUCAAAUAGGCAUGAUUUAUGGAUCUUAUACUGAAACACAUUUUUAUACUGCAUUCUUUAAUCUUUUACUAUCUGUAAAGUUUUUUCCUUGUUCAGGAUUUGAAUAAAACUUUGGCUCAA